CGUGGUGCUGCUAAGCAGCGCUUUUAGUUUUAGUUUGACUUUUGGGUUCCAGUUACAGUACUAUAAGAUUGAUAUUAAAGACAUGGUUUUCACCCCACUUCAUCAACGCACAUAAGUUUUCUCUUCUUUUUGGACUUCUAUUUCAUGCCACAAUGCAGCAAGCUUUAGAACUAGCUUUGGAUCGUGCGGAGUAUGUCAUUGAAAGUGCCCGACAGAGACCUCCUAAAAGGAAAUACCUAUCUAGUGGAAGAAAAUCUGUAUUUCAAAAACUUUAUGACUUGUAUGUUGAAGAAUGUGAAAAAGAGCCUGAGGUUAAGCAGAAAUUAAGAAGAAAUGUGAACCUAUUAGAGAAGCUUGUAAUGCAAGAGACUUUGUCAUGUUUAGUGGUCAAUCUGUACCCAGGAAAUGAGGGAUAUUCUCUGAUGCUCAGGGGAAAAAAUGGAUCAGAUUCUGAGACCAUCCGACUGCCUUAUGAAGAAGGGGAAUUGCUUGAAUACUUGGAUGCAGAAGAAUUACCUCCUAUUUUAGUUGAUCUCUUAGAAAAAUCUCAGGUUAAUAUUUUCCACUGUGGAUGUGUUAUAGCAGAAAUACGUGACUACAGGCAGUCCAGUAAUAUGAAAUCUCCUGGUUAUCAAAGUAGGCACAUUCUCUUACGUCCAACAAUGCAGACUUUAAUCUGUGAUGUACAUUCAAUAACAAGUGAUAACCAUAAGUGGACCCAGGAAGACAAACUUUUGCUUGAGAGUCAACUGAUUCUAGCUACAGCUGAACCACUGUGUCUUGAUCCUUCUAUAGCAGUAACCUGCACUGCAAACAGACUGCUCUAUAACAAGCAAAAGAUGAACACUCGCCCAAUGAAACGGUGUUUCAAGAGAUAUUCCAGGUCCUCUCUGAAUCGGCAGCAGGAUCUGUCUCAUUGUCCACCUCCUCCUCAGCUGAGAUUACUUGAUUUUUUACAAAAAAGAAAGGAAAGAAAAGCAGGUCAGCAUUAUGACCUCAAAAUUUCUAAAGCAGGAAAUUGUGUGGAUAUGUGGAAACGGAGUCCCUGUAGUUUAGCCAUACCUUCUGAAGUGGAUGUGGAGAAAUAUGCUAAAGUGGAAAAGUCUAUCAAAUCUGAUGACUCACAACCAACAGUCUGGCCUGCCCAUGAUGUAAAAGAUGAUUAUGUAUUUGAAUGUGAAGCUGGUAAUCAGUAUCAGAAAACAAAGCUGACCAUUUUACAGUCACUUGGUGAUCCACUUUACUAUGGUAAAAUACAGCCAUGUAAAGCAGAUGAAGAAAGUGACAACCAGAUGUCUCCAUCUCACUCCUCCACAGAUGAUCAUUCAAAUUGGUUUAUUAUUGGUUCAAAGACUGAUGCUGAGAGGGUAGUAAAUCAGUACCAAGAAUUGGUCCAGAAUGAAGCCAAAUGUCCAGUCAAGAUGUCACAUAGCUCCAGUGGCUCAGCCAGUCUGAGUCAGCAUUCUCCUGGGAAAGAAACAGAACAGCCUGAGACCAUAUCAGUUCAGUCUUCAGUAUUGGGGAAGGGAGUAAAACAUCGACCUCCACCCAUCAAACUUCCCUCAAGCUCAGGAAAUAGUUCCUCAGGUAACUAUUUUACGCCACAACAGGCAAGCAGUUUUCUUAAAUCUCCAACUCCUCCUCCUUCCUCUAAGCCACCAAGUCUUUCUAGGAAGUCAUCUGUGGAUCUCAGUCAAGUCAGCAUGCUUUCUCCAGCUGCUCUGUCACCUGCCAGCUCUUCACAAAGAUCUGGAACUCCUAAGCCAUCUACUCCUACACCAACCCCUUCAUCGGCCCCACACCCUCCUGAUGCUCAGAGCUCAACUCCUAGUACCCCUUCAACCACCCCUCCUCCCCAAGAUUCAGGCUUCACCCCUCAGCCCACUUUGUUAACUCAGUUUGCUCAGCAGCAAAGGUCUCUGAGCCAGGCAAUGCCUGUAACAACCAUUCCUCUUUCCACCAUGGUAACAUCUAUAACGACAGGAACCACGGCCACCCAGGUCAUGGCAAACUCUGCUGGACUUAACUUCAUCAAUGUAGUGGGCUCUGUUUGUGGUGCCCAGGCUUUGAUGAGUGGUUCAAACCCCAUGCUGGGCAGUAACACUGGUGCCAUAACUCCUGCAGGAAUAAACCUGAGCGGCCUUCUACCCUCGGGAGGUCUGCUUCCAAAUGCAUUGCCCAGUGCAAUGCAGGCAGCUUCUCAAGCAGGUGUUCCAUUUGGUUUAAAAAAUACUUCAAGUCUCAGGCCCUUAAAUCUACUCCAGCUUCCAGGUGGUUCACUCAUUUUUAACACUCUGCAGCAGCAGCAACAGCAGCUCUCUCAGUUUACACCACAACAACCUCAGCAGCCCACAACUUCUAGUCCUCAGCAGCCGGGGGAACAGGUUUCUGAACAAGGUUCAACCAGUCAAGAACAGGCCUUAUCUGCUCAACAAGCUGCUAUUAUUAAUCUUACUGGAGUAGGAAGUUUUAUGCAGUCACAGGCAGCUGUGUUGUCUCAGCUUGGCUCUGCCGAGAACAGACCUGAGCAAAGCCUUCCUCAGCAGAGAUUCCAGCUCUCCUCUGCCUUUCAACAGCAGCAGCAACAGAUACAACAGUUGCGAUUCUUGCAGCAUCAAAUGGCUAUGGCAGCAGCAGCAGCACAAACAGCUCAGCUACAUCGUCAUCGGCAUACAGGCAGCCAGUCAAAAAGUAAAAUGAAGAGAGGCACGCCAGCCACUCCAAAAUUCUAAGUCUUACAUUAUUAUUUUUUUUUUGUCUUUUUUUUUUUAAAAACACAAGAACAAUGAAUCAGGAUUGAAUUUCUACUUCAUUUUUGUUUUCUAAUGUCAGUAUUUUACAUUGCUAGAUGUACAAAACUUUAUACAGAAGCACAACCCUGUGAUUUUUAAAUAAAAACAGGGAAAUGUUUAACAAAUUAGGUAUGGUUUACCCAAGUCAUUGCUUUUUAAAAAUGGUUUCUCUGCACAUAAUAUAUAUGAAAGUGACCUAAAAAAUACUAGAAACAUCUUUCAGAAGAAUGUAGUUUGAUAUUUAUUUAGUAUAAAAGGUUUGUGCACAGUGUAACAAAUACAGUUUUUACAAGUCUGUUUUGAAAA